AUGCAGCCACUGUUUGGCGCUUGCCGCUGCACAGCCAGCUUGGCGGCAGAGCAAGCAGCCGAAGCCAGCUAUCAUGGCAUCCUGUGGGUAGCCAAUGUGUACCCCAGACGGGUGCACUGCUUUGACUUCCGACAGAUUCGCGCACGCUACAACCAUGAGACAUUGAUCCCUCGGCUCUUACCAGAAGGCCUGCAGUUCAAGAUACACCCUAGAAGACAAGAGGGUGGUGCUUUUGUCCACUUCCGCAUGCCUCCGACAUUCAUCCUGCAGGUUAUGUUGGCCGCCAGGGCUGGAUCAGGCAUGCCAAAGACCAUAGAUGAUAUUCUUUUCAAGGUGUCGCAGGACAUGUGUGGAAAUUUUGUCAAGACGCACAAUGUUUGGUCUUUUCUUUGUCCCUAUCCGGUGCGCAUACACCGCGUGCUUGGGACGCCCCCGACUGAAGACGUGACCGGCCAGUAUCCUUCUUCGCAGAUCCACGUCAAGUUCAAUGCUCUAGCCACGAUACGGCCCACAGAAAGACAGGUCUACGAAGUGCUCCGGACAUAUGGACAGCUGGAAAGUGUUGUUGCUUCCCCAUCUGGUUUCAUUGCAAACUUUCGCUACAUACCUGCAGCAAUUGCUGUGCGAAACUGCCUGCAUGGGGCCCCGCUGCAGCUCAAGGGCCAAAAGGAGUCGGCAUCCUGGGCAUUUGAGUACAAGCAGAUAUCGCGCUGGGAUAGAGCCAGCGCAAACCUGCUCUUUUGGUUUCCUCUCUAUGCGUCGCUCAUACUCAGCGUUUUGUUCUUCUGGGAUCGACUGCGUGCAGCGAGCUCUUGCAAUUACAGCCUCACAGACCCGAACGCGUUCGUCAGAUUCUUAGUGGAAGGCGAUGUUCGACUGGUGCGUUUAGCCUAUUUGCUUGAACUGCAGCGAGCUCAGCUUUCUUGGCCGCGUCGCCAAGAGGCUGAGAGCGCAAUCUUGGACACUGGCGAGCCCGCCUUGGUCACACUGCAGGAGCUACGUGAGAUCCAGAGCCAGGAUCCAUUAAGCCAGCGAGGGUUCUUCAGCAGGUCAGGCAAGCUGAUCCGGUUUGGAUCUGUCUCACAUUGCUGGGAAAGCCGGGAGCACCCCGACCCAUGGGGCUUCCAGCUGAACGAGGCAAUAAGACGUUUCCAACAGAUGGAGGGUGAACGAUCAGAAGUCUGGUUGUUUGUGGACUUCCUCUGCCUUCACCAGUACCCACGUAACAAAGAACAGACAUACAGCUUCCAGAGAGCACUGCAAGCAAUGCAUGUCCUGUAUGCGCAUGAGCUCGUAAAUGUGGAGACUCUGCGCGACCUGACGCCGGAGUUUGUGCGAUCGAAAUUGCAAGGCGGCCGAAAGAUAGCUGUUUACAGCACAGCGCAUGCGCGUGUGGAGCAGGUGCCCGUGGAAAGCUUGAUGAUAAACAGUGUGCCAUACGAUCAGCGGGGCUGGUGCCAAGCCGAGGAGGAAUGGGCAAGCCUGCGUGAAACAUUUGAGCGUGUACCCACACCGCCAAUGUUGUUUUCGCGUCGCAUGGACACCUGCAGGUUUACUCACCGCGACGAUUCGGCGUUGGUAAAGGAGUUACAGGAGAAAAUCUUCAAGCAGAAGGCGAAAGAGACAACGAAGCUAAAUCUCCAGCUGUUGGACGAUCAGGUGCCAGUCCUGUGUGCUGCCUUGCCAUACUACACCAAUCUGGAAAUAGUACUCGUGCGCGACACCAAGUUGGGCUGCGAAGGUGCGCGGGUCGUGGUGGAGUCUGGAGCUUCUCAUAUUCACCUGGACAACUGUGAACUGGGUGAUGCAGAGGCAAACGCCAUCGCAAAAGCCUUGGAAAAGACGGCUGGCGUACAUCAACUGAGCUUGAGGCACACGCGGAUAACCCCCGUUGGGGCAGAUGCUCUCCGGCGUGCAGGGAGGAUAUUUGGUGCAGUUUGUAUCAACCUGGAUGGUCAGAAGAUCUGA